CCUGAGUGCUCUGCCCUACUUUCUGCUGCCCUGUGGUCCUAGGCUCUCAUUGCAAUGAGAAAGUACCUCUUGUUGCUCCUAUUGGGCAUCUUUUUGCUGGUGGGCUUUCUGCAAGCCCUGACAUGUGUCCGCUGUGGGAUGUUGAACUCUUCCAAGAUUUGUGAGACAGGAGAAACCUCCUGUGAGGCUACAUAUAAUAUGAGGUGUGCUUUAUGGCUGCUCUAUAAAGAUGGCAAAUUCCAAUAUGGCUUCCAGGGAUGUCUUGAAACGUGCUUCAAUUAUACCAAGACCAACAAAAAUGUGAUAAAGGAAUAUAGAUGUUGUGAUCACCAAAAUUUGUGUAACAAGCCUUAAAAGCCCUUGCCUGCCCUGUUCUACUUAG